UCCCGCCGCCAGCACCUUUUGCGAUCCGGUCCCUCCCCUCUCACUCUCUCCUUCUCACGCAGACGGAACUCGACGCCUCCAUCUCGCCUCGCUCCUCCUCGCCCCGAGCUCGCCUCCACCCCCGCCGGCCCGCGCGCCUCGCCUCUUAACGACGCUGGCUGCCGCCGCCAUGUUCCACGCCGCCCCGUCCUCUGGUCGCGCGCCGCUCGACCCCGAGCCUGCGGCCCCGCAUCUCUCUGCCCGACCGUGGCCACAUCCGUCGCCUCUCCCUUCCCCACCGAACGGAGCCGCCGUGCGCCACCUCCCUCUUCCUCAACCGCCUCCUGCGCAAGCUCGAGCGCCGCUGCCACCUGUUCUCCGCCGCGUGCGGCCCCGCUUCUCCAUCCUCCAACUACCGACCGAUGUCACCGCCUCGCUCCUCCUCGCCUCAACGCGGACCUCCUCCAUGUGCUCUGUUCUGGCCCGAGCGCCGAUGGUCACCGCCGCUCCAUGAGCCUCCUCGACCCGCCACGUCCUCUAGCCACGUCUCUGCCUCAUCCGCGCGGCCCUUCUGCGCUCGGCCGCCGCCUCCUCAUGCUCUGCUUCGCCUCGUGUGCCACGUGCGCGCCGCCAUGGCCUCGCCGUCCCCGACCUCGCCAACCGACGCCAUGGCCUCGCCGUCCCCGACCUCGCCAACCGCCGCCGCCUCCUCAUGCACCUGCCGUCGUUUCCUGGCUCUACUCCUCUACCUCACGGUGUUCCUGCACAAGCACGUCCUCGACCACCAACGCCUCUGCUUGCGCGUCUCUGAUUCGGCCUUGACCAUGCGUUUGUCCGCGGCCUCGUUGCUCUGCCGGCGCUGCUCACAGAGCGAGCAGUACCAUGCCUCCACCGCCAUGUACGAUGCAGCUCCUCUUCCGUGUAACAGCAACAGUAACCUGGUGUUUGAAGAUGCAAACCUGGCAACAUCACCAUCAAGCGCAGCCAACGCCAGUCCUCCAUCAUACAAAAUGACAUCCCACCGGGAUCCCACCUUGACACCCUAUCCAUCAGCUCCAUCCCGGUGGCCCAGCGUGCGAACCUUAGGCUCGCUAAGGAGAUGAGGGUUGUCAGCGGCGAGGAGCGUUAGGUGGAGAACGCCGCCGCCGGCCCUGUUGGACGCUUCAAGGAACCUCUCUCCGACGUCGACAUUGACGGCCUCGCGGUGCUGACCCACGUUGAUCGUUAUGCCCUCCAUCGUGCAGCACAGAAGUCCGUCACGGGCAGAGCCGCCGCGCUGGCGAACUAGUUUCUCUAAUGUUAGCUCUUUUAGUCAUACAGCAGCAGCCAUCGGUCCUAAACCGAUGUUUUCCUUCUUCGUUUGGGUGGUGUGGUGUGUUCAUCGCUGGGACGGCUCGUUUGAGGCGGUUUAGUUGGGUGCUGUCCCACGCCGAUGUGUAUGUAGGCUGGUGUCUUUCCCUUACAUCAAAUCUUGCUGCUGUCUCUAUUGCUACGUU